UGAGCUCUCGGGGGAGCAGUGGCGGUGACCAACGGCUGGCGGCCAAUGCACAGGGGGCGGGGUUGAGGGGCGCUGGGAGGCGGCCGCACCGCGCACUAAGUAGUCAGCCGCUCUGCACAGGGCUGGUCCCGCAGCGCCUGUCGAACGACAACCAUGAGUGAUCGAAAGGCAGUGAUCAAGAAUGCGGACAUGUCCGAAGAGAUGCAGCAAGACUCUGUGGAGUGUGCUACUCAGGCCUUAGAGAAGUACAACAUUGAGAAGGACAUUGCUGCUCACAUCAAGAAGGAGUUUGACAAGAAAUACAAUCCCACUUGGCACUGCAUUGUGGGAAGGAACUUUGGCAGCUACGUGACUCAUGAGACCAAGCACUUCAUCUACUUCUACCUCGGCCAAGUUGCUAUUCUUCUCUUCAAGUCUGGUUAGAACCACAGACUGUGACUGAAACUUGCACCCGGUUACAGGACUGCACACUAACUCCAAACAGCCUCCUACCUUCAGCCUUCCUGAGGAUGCAGACCUUGAUCUUCAGGUCUUUUGUUGUAUUGUUAAUGGUCAGGGAUUUUGCUGUAGCAGCUGAUAUUUUCAUUGUGGCUAUAAAAAAAGGCAAAAGUGUCUUCCUUGUAUUUAUUUUCUUUCAAAAGACAGCUUCUUUGCUAAUAAAACUAUUGGAACAAGUUUAUCCUUUAAGAGUGUUCUCUAUGCUUCUGCCCUCUUGGGGUUUGCAUUACCUUCUAUUCUACUGUGAAUCCUUGCCUCCAUUUCACCCCCCAAAUCCACAGCAUCUGAAGCCUGAGCUAAUCUAUGAAUACAUCAUCGGUCAGUAAUUGAGAACUGCAGGA